AUGCCACGAGGCUGGGGACUUGAUAGGGUAGCCGCCAAAGCCCCUAAACGGGUAGCGAGCCGCUACUAUCAGUUAAAAACAGGACAUGCCCCUAUAGGCACGUACCUGCACCGAAUCAAAGCCCGGGACUCCCUGGAGUGCAGAGCCUGCGGAGAGCUUAGAGAGACGGUUUCCCACAUUCUUUUUGAGUGCCGGGGACGACGUGGGCCCCGGAGGAUACUGUAUAAGGGGCUGGCUGACGCCGGCGUGCCCUUACCUACAGCGGCAGAGGACGCCCCGGAGGCACGACUUUUUAGUGAGCCCAAGGCCACCACGGCGCUGCUGCAAUUUGUAGCCAGUGCCAACCUAUUCCGGGAUCAGGAGCAAGCCGCUAGAGAAGCCGAGCUUGGUGAUCAUUGGGGUUGGGAAGCCCUGCGAGACUGGGAGGAUACGGGGGUUGGAUAG